GCACCUGUGACAGUGCGGCUCGCGAGCAGAUGACGACGACUGGCUUUUAACCUUGGUGGCCAUCAAGAGGAAGGUUAUUGGAGCCCAGGAGCCCCCCGGACGCCCACCGCCAUGUCAGGAUCCACGCAGCCCGUGGCGCAGACCUGGAGGGCCACCGAGCCCCGCUACCCGCCCCAUGGCAUCUCCUACCCCGUGCAGAUCGCCCGGCCUCACACGGACGUCGGGCUGCUCGAGUACCAGCACCACCCCCGCGACUACGCCUCGCACCUGUCGCCCGGCUCCAUCAUCCAGCCCCAGAGGAGAAGGCCGUCCCUGCUGUCCGAAUUUCAGCCCGGGAAUGAGAGGUCCCAGGAGCUGCACCUGCGCCCCGAGUCCCACUCGUACCUGCCCGAGCUGGGCAAGUCGGAGAUGGAGUUCAUCGAGAGCAAGCGCCCGCGGCUGGAGCUGCUGCCCGACCCGCUGCUGCGGCCCUCAGCGCUGUUGGCUGCGGGCCAGCCCGGGGGCUCCGAGGAUCUGUCCACGGACCGCAGCCUGACGGGCAAGCUGGAGCCGGUGUCCCCUCCCAGCCCCCCGCACGCUGACCCCGAGCUGGAGCUGGCGCCUCCGCGGCUCUCCAAGGAGGAGCUGAUCCAGAACAUGGACCGCGUGGACCGCGAGAUCACCGUGGUGGAGCAGCAGAUCUCCAAGCUGAAGAAGAAGCAGCAACAGCUGGAGGAGGAGGCCGCCAAGCCGCCCGAGCCCGAGCAGCCGGUGUCGCCGCCGCCCCUGGAGUCCAAGCACCGCAGCCUGGUACAGAUCAUCUACGACGAGAACCGGAAGAAGGCCGAGGCUGCGCACCGGAUUCUUGAAGGCCUGGGGCCCCAGGUGGAGCUGCCCCUGUACAACCAGCCCUCCGACACCAAGCAGUACCAUGAGAACAUCAAAAUAAACCAGGCCAUGCGGAAGAAGCUCAUCCUGUAUUUCAAGAGGAGGAACCACGCUCGCAAGCAAUGGGAGCAGAAGUUCUGCCAGCGCUAUGACCAGCUCAUGGAGGCUUGGGAGAAGAAGGUGGAGCGCAUCGAGAACAACCCCAGACGGCGGGCCAAGGAGAGCAAGGUGCGCGAGUACUACGAGAAGCAGUUCCCUGAGAUCCGCAAGCAGCGCGAGCUGCAGGAGCGCAUGCAGAGGGUGGGCCAGCGGGGCAGCGGGCUCUCCAUGUCAGCCGCCCGCAGCGAGCACGAGGUGUCGGAGAUCAUCGACGGCCUCUCGGAGCAGGAGAACCUGGAGAAGCAGAUGCGCCAGCUGGCCGUGAUCCCGCCGAUGCUGUAUGACGCCGACCAGCAGCGCAUCAAGUUCAUCAACAUGAACGGGCUCAUGGACGACCCCAUGAAGGUGUACAAGGACCGCCAGGUCAUGAACAUGUGGAGCGAGCAGGAGAAGGACACCUUCCGUGAGAAGUUCAUGCAGCACCCCAAGAACUUCGGCCUGAUCGCGUCGUUCCUGGAGAGGAAGACGGUGGCCGAGUGCGUGCUUUAUUACUACCUGACCAAGAAGAAUGAGAACUACAAGAGCCUGGUGAGAAGGAGCUACCGGCGCCGCGGCAAGGGCCAGCAGCAGCAGCAGCAGCAGCAGCAGCAGCAGCAGCAGCAGAUGCCCCGGAGCAGCCAGGAGGAGAAGGAGGAGAAGGAGAAGGAAGAGAAGGAGGAGGAGAAGCCGGACGUGGAGAAUGACAGGGAGGAGCUGACCAGGGAGAAGACAGAUGACACCUCUGGGGAGGACAACGAUGAGAAGGAGGCAGUGGCCGCCAAAGGCCGCAAAACUGCCAACAGCCAGGGGCGACGCAAAGGCCGCAUCACCCGCUCCAUGGCUAACGAGGCCAGCAGCGAGGAGGCCGUGCCCCCGCAGCAGAGUGCUGAGCUGGCCUCAAUGGAGAUGAACGAGAGCUCUCGCUGGACUGAAGAAGAGAUGGAAACAGCCAAGAAAGGUCUCCUGGAGCACGGCCGGAACUGGUCGGCCAUCGCCCGGAUGGUGGGCUCCAAGACCGUGUCGCAGUGUAAGAACUUCUACUUUAACUACAAGAAGAGGCAGAACCUCGAUGAGAUCCUGCAGCAGCACAAGCUGAAGAUGGAGAAGGAGAGGAACGCACGGAGGAAGAAGAAGAAAGCCCCAGCCACCGCCAGUGAGGAGGCUGCCUUCCCUCCCGUGGUGGAGGACGAGGAGAUGGAGGCCUCGGGUGUGAGUGGGAACGAGGAGGAGAUGGCGGAGGAGGCAGAAGCCGCCGUCCACAACAGCUCGGACACCGAGAGCAUCCCGUCGCCGCGCGCCGAGGCUGCCAAGGACACGGGGCAGAACGGGCCCAAGCCCCCCGGCCCCGCCGCCGCGCCCCCCGCGCCGCCCACGCCGCCGCCGGAGGACGCCCCGCGCCCCGAGCCCGCAGCGGCCCCCGCCGCCGGCCCCGCCCCGCCGCCCGCGCCCGCCGAGCCCGCCGCGGUGCCCGCCCUGGUCCCCAAGGAGGAGAAGGACGAGGAGGCGGCCGCGUCCCCGGCGGAGGAGGGCGAGGAGCAGAAGCCCGCGGUGGCCCCCGAGCUGGCGGGGGACGUGGGCAAGAAGGAGGAGCCGGGCGAGGCGCCCCCCGCGGAGCCCGGCCGGAGCGUCAAGAGCGAGUGCAAGGAGGAGGCCGCGGAGGAGGCGCCCGACAAGGUCAAGGGCGCGCCCGAGGUCAAGGCCGAGGUCAAGGCGGAGGGCACGCUCAAGGUGGAAAAGAAGGAAGGCUGUGGCCCCGCGGGCAAAGCCACCGCCAAGGGCUCCGGUGCGCCCCAGGACAGCGACUCCAGCGCCACUUGCAGCGCCGACGAGGUGGAUGAGCCCGAGGGCAGCGACAAGAACAGGCUGCUGUCACCGAGGCCCAGCCUCCUCACCCCGACCAGCGACAGCAGGACCAGCGCCUCGCCCCAGAAGCCGCUGGACCUGAAGCAGCUGAAGCAGCGGGCAGCUGCCAUCCCCCCCAUCCAGGUCACCAAAGUCCAUGAGCCCCCCCGGGAGGAUGCUGCUCCCCCUAAGCCAGCUCCCCCUGCCCCACCGCCGCCACAGCACCUGCAGCCUGAGAGCGACACCACCCAGCAGUCCAGCAGCAGUCCCCGGGGCAAAAGCAGGAGUCCUGUGCCCACUGCUGAGAAGGAGGAGAAGCCCGUGUUCUUCGCGGCCUUUGCGGCCGAGGGCCAGAAGCUGCCCGCGGAGCCCCCGUGCUGGACGCCGGGCCUGCCCUUCCCUGUGCCCCCUCGCGAGGUGAUCAAGGCCUCCCCGCACGCCCCCGACCCCUCGGCCUUCUCCUACGCCCCGCCCGGUCACCCGCUGCCCCUGGGCCUCCACGACAGUGCGCGGCCCGUGCUGCCCCGCCCACCCACCAUCUCCAACCCGCCGCCCCUCAUCUCCUCCUCCAAGCACCCAGGCGUCCUCGAGAGGCAGAUGGGCGCCAUCUCCCAGGGAAUGUCAGUGCAGCUCCACGUCCCGUACUCAGAGCACGCCAAGGCGCCCGUGGGUCCCAUCACCAUGGGGCUGCCCCUCACCAUGGACCCCAAGAAGCUGGCGCCCUUCAGCGGAGUGAAGCAGGAGCAGCUGUCCCCACGGGGCCAGGUGGGGCCGCCGGAGAGCCUGGGGGUGCCCACGGCACAGGAGACGUCCGUGCUGAGAGGGACGUCUCUGGGCUCAGUCCCGGGAGGAAGCAUCACCAAGGGCAUCCCCAGCACACGGGUGCCCUCCGAGAGCCCGAUCACCUACCGCGGCUCCAUCACGCACGGCACUCCUGCCGACGUCCUGUACAAGGGCACCAUCACCAGGAUCAUCGGCGAGGACAGCCCGAGCCGCCUGGACCGCAGCCGGGAGGACGGCCUGCCCAAGGGCCACGUCAUCUAUGAGGGCAAGAAGGGCCACGUCCUGUCCUACGAGGGUGGCAUGUCCGUGUCCCAGUGCUCCAAGGAGGACGGCAGGAGCAGCUCAGGACCGCCCCACGAGGCGGCCGCCCCCAAGCGCACCUACGACAUGAUGGAGGGCCGCGUCGGCAGGGCCAUCUCCUCGGCCAGCAUCGAAGGGCUCAUGGGCCGCGCCAUCCCGCCUGAGCGACACAGCCCCCACCAUCUCAAGGAGCAGCACCACAUGCGCGGCUCCAUCACGCAAGGGAUCCCGCGGUCCUACGUGGAGGCCCAGGAGGACUACCUGCGUCGCGAGGCCAAGCUGCUGAAGCGCGAGGGCACGCCGCCACCGCCCCCACCCCCACGGGACCUGGCCGAGGCCUACAAGGCCCGGCCCUUGGAAGCCCUGGGGCCCCUGAAGCUGAAGCCGGCCCACGAGGGCCUGGUGGCGACAGUGAAGGAGGCCGGCCGCUCCAUCCACGAGAUCCCCCGCGAGGAGCUGCGGCGCACGCCCGAGCUGCCACUGGCGCCCCGGCCGCUCAAGGAGGGCUCUAUCACGCAGGGCACCCCGCUCAAGUACGAGCCUGGCCCGGCCCCCGUGGGCGCCAAGAAGCACGACGUGCGCUCCAUCAUCGGCAGCCCCGGCCGCCCGUUCCCGCCCGCGCUGCCACUGGACGUGAUGGCCGAUGCCCGGGCGCUGGAGCGCGCCUGCUACGAGGAGAGCCUGAAGGGCCGGCCCACGGCCGUUGGCGCCGCCGGCGGCUCCAUCACACGGGGCGCCCCAGUCAUCGUGCCCGAGCUGGGCAAGCCGCGCCAGAGCCCCCUGACCUACGAGGACCACGCGGCGCCCUUCACUGGCCACCUGCCACGUGGAUCACCGGUGACCACGAGGGAGCCCACACCGCGCCUGCAGGAGGGCAGCCUCUCAUCCAGCAAGGCGUCACAGGACCGAAAGCUGACGUCGACGCCCCGCGAGAUCGCCAAGUCCCCGCACAGCGCCGUGCCUGAGCACCACCCCCACCCCAUCUCGCCCUAUGAGCACCUGCUUCGGGGCGUGAGUGGCGUGGACCUGUACCGCGGCCACAUCCCGCUGGCCUUUGACCCCACCUCCAUACCCCGCGGGAUCCCCCUGGAUGCAGCCGCCGCCUACUACCUGCCCCGGCACCUGGCCCCCAACCCCACCUACCCGCACCUGUACCCGCCCUACCUCAUCCGCGGCUACCCCGACACGGCGGCGCUGGAGAACCGCCAGACCAUCAUCAACGACUAUAUCACGUCGCAGCAGAUGCACCACAACGCGGCCACCGCCAUGGCUCAGCGCGCCGACGUGCUGAGGGGCCUCUCGCCCCGCGAGUCCUCGCUGGCGCUCAACUACGCCGCCGGCCCGCGAGGCAUCAUCGACCUGUCCCAAGUGCCACACCUGCCCGUGCUGGUGCCCCCGACACCAGGCACACCAGCCACCGCCAUGGACCGCCUCGCCUACCUCCCCACCACCCCCCAGCACUUCAGCAGCCGGCUCAGCAGCUCCCCGCUCUCCCCAGGAGGUCCCAGUCACUUGACAAAACCCACCGCCACAUCCUCUUCUGAGAGGGAGCGGGAGCGGGACCGGGACCGAGAUCGGGAGCGCGAACGGGAGCGCGAGAAGUCCAUCCUCACGUCCACCACGACAGUGGAGCAUGCGCCCAUCUGGAGACCCGGUACGGAGCAGAGCAGCAGCAGCGGCAGUGGCGGGGGGAGUGGGGGCAGCAGCAGCCGCCCCGCCUCCCACUCCCACCAGCACUCGCCCAUCUCACCCCGGACCCAGGAUGCCAUCCAGCAGAGACCCAGUGUGCUGCACAACACGGGCAUGAAGGGCAUCAUCGUCUCCGUGGAGCCCAGCACGCCCACGGUCCUGAGGUCCACCUCCACCUCCUCGCCUGUCCGCCCAGCCGCUACAUUCCCCCCCGCCACCCACUGCCCGCUGGGCGGCACCCUUGACGGGGUCUACCCCACCCUCAUGGAGCCUGUCCUGCUGCCCAAGGAGGCCCCGCGGGUCGCCCGGCCCGAGCGGCCCCGUGCAGACACCGGCCACACCUUCCUUGCCAAGCCCCCGGCCCGCGCCGUGCUGGAGCCCGCCUCGUCCCCCGGCAAGGGCUCGGAGCCCCGGCCCCUGGCACCCCCCGGCUCCAGCCACGCGGCCAUCGCCCGCGCCCCAGCGAAGAGCCUCGCGCCCCACCACGCCAGCCCGGACCAGCCAGCGCCGCCCGCCCCGCCCGCCGACCUGCACCGGGAAAAGACUCAAAGUAAACCCUUUUCCAUCCAGGAAUUGGAACUCCGUUCUCUGGGUUACCACGGCAGCAGCUACAGCCCCGACGGGGUGGAGCCCGUCAGCCCUGUGAGCUCGCCCAGCCUGACCCACGACAAGGGGCUCCCCAAGCACCUUGAGGAGCUUGACAAGAGCCACCUGGAGGGGGACCUGCGGCACAAGCAGCCAGGCCCCGGGAAGCUUGGCGGCGAGGCGGCACACCUCCCGCACCUGCGGCCGUUGCCUGAGAGCCAGCCUUCAUCCAGCCCGCUGCUCCAGACUGCCCCGGGGGUCAAAGGUCACCAGCGGGUGGUCACCCUGGCACAGCACAUCAGUGAGGUCAUCACGCAGGACUACACACGGCACCACCCCCAGCAGCUCAACACGCCCCUCCCCGCUCCCCUCUACUCCUUCCCUGGAGCCAGCUGCCCCGUCCUGGACCUCCGCCGCCCACCCAGCGACCUCUACCUCCCGCCCCCAGACCAUGGCGCCCCGGCCCGUGGCUCCCCCCACAGCGAAGGGGGCAAGAGGUCUCCAGAGCCAAGCAAGACGGCGGCCCUGGGUAGCGGCGAGGAUGGCAUUGAGCCUGUGUCCCCGCCAGAGGGCAUGGCAGAGCCAGGGCACCCCCGGAGCGCCAUGUACCCGCUGCUGUACCGGGACGGGGAGCAGGCGGAGCCCAGCAGGAUGGGCUCCAAAUCCCCAGGCAACAGCAGCCAGCCGCCGGCCUUCUUCAGCAAGCUGACCGAGAGCAACUCCGCCAUGGUCAAGUCUAAGAAACAGGAGAUCAACAAGAAGCUCAACACCCACAACCGGAACGAGCCGGAAUACAAUAUCGGCCAGCCGGGGACAGAGAUCUUCAAUAUGCCUGCCAUCACCGGAGCAGGCCUUAUGACCUGCAGAAGCCAGGCGGUGCAGGAGCAUGCCAGCACCAACAUGGGGCUGGAGGCCAUUAUUAGAAAGGCGCUCAUGGGUAAAUAUGACCAGUGGGAGGAGCACCCGCUCGGCGCCAAUGCUUUUAACUCGCUGAAUGCCAGUGCCAGCCUGCCCGCUGCUAUGCCCAUAACCGCUACUGACGGACGGAGUGAACACACGCUCACCUCGCCAGGUGGCGGCGGGAAGGCCAAAGUCUCCGGCAGACCAAGCAGCCGGAAAGCCAAGUCCCCGGCCCCGGGCCUGGGGUCCGGGGAUCGGCCGCCCUCCGUGUCCUCGGUGCACUCGGAGGGUGACUGCAACCGCCGGACGCCGCUCACCAGCCGCGUGUGGGAGGACCGGCCCUCGUCGGCAGGUUCCACGCCAUUCCCCUACAACCCACUGAUCAUGCGGCUGCAGGCAGGCGUCAUGGCCUCCCCGCCCCCGCCAGGCCUGUCGGCGGGCAGUGGGCCCCUCGCCGGCCCCCAUCACGCCUGGGACGAGGAGCCCAAGCCGCUGCUCUGCUCGCAGUAUGAGACGCUCUCCGACAGCGAGUGACUGUCCGAAGGGGUGGGGGCGGCACUGGCACCCGGCCAGCGGCCCGAGCAGCCGGGCGGGGGGGCGCGACUCCCCCACCGAGGAAGGAGCCCCUGAGUCUGCCCGCCGCCCGUCCGUCCAGAGCCGGCCUCCUCGCCUGUCUGAAGCCUUAACUACGACUCCCGCCCCGGGCUGGCCCUGUGCAGUGACCUUACUCAGGGGAUGUUUACCUGGUGCUCGGGAGGGGAGGGGGCCGGGACGGGGGCAUGGUGGGCGUGUGGUGGCCACAUGCUCGCAGCCGGGGCGGCCAGGGACCCAAAGCAGGAUGACCACGCACCUCCCACGCCACUGCCUCCCCCCUUAACGCAUUUGGAACCAAAGUCUAAACUGAGCUAGCAGCCCCUGCACCCCCCCGCCCCCAUCCCGCUUAGCGCUCUGGACAGACAGACACAGGCCCUGUCCAGCCCCCAGCGCUCUCGUCCCAGUCCCCAUGGGCUGCCCCAGCCAACGAGACUGCUGGAAACCGUCAGGCCAGAUGGGCGGGCGACAGGGCCAGGUGCGGCCUGGGGCGAGCGGCUGCUCCAAGGAACUGGUCUGUUUUUCACACAUGGUUGCCGCGGCAGUGGGAAGGGCAGGCAGGUGUAAAUGAUGUAUUGGUUUACAGGGUAUAUUUUUGAUACCUUCAAUGAAUUAAUUCAGAUGUUUUACGCAAGGAAGGACUUACCCAGUAUUAUUGCUGCUGUGCUUUCGAUCUCUGCUUACCGUGCAAGAGGCGUGUGCUGGCCGACAGUUGGUGACCCCGUCGUCCGCAGGACCCAGGGGGGCGGGGCCCCAGGCCCACGAGCCCCCCGUCCUCCCUCCCUCCCUUCCUUGGGCAGAAUGAAUUCGAUGGGUAUUCUGUGGCCGCCACCUGCGCACGGCGGUGGCGCGCUGUCAUUUACACACGUUGUUCUCAUUAAAAGCAACUUAUACUCCA